UGACUUGCUGCCAACAUUUCAGGGCGUAGUUACGAACAAAUCUUUUUUUCCCCCUUCUUCUUUAAAGCCAGACUGAUUCAUAGAAACUCCUUUAAAACUCAGUGAAAAGACACCGCCCCAUCACACAUCCCAACACACCAGCGGAGGAAACAUAACCUCAGGAAUCAGGUCCUUCCCCUCACUGCUGUUACAUACUCCAGAAGAGAGCACUAAGCACAAAAGGCAGCUCUUGUCAUUUGAGGUGCUUGCUGCCGCUGCAGAACUUCUCAAGAGCUUUCUUUGUUGACAUCUACUCAGGCAAGAUGUUGGCGCUACUGGCAGCAAUCUUUGUGGUACACAUUGCCACAGUCAUCAUGAUGUUUGUCUCAACCAUUGCCAAUGUUUGGGUGGUUUCCAAGAAUGGAACCUACUCAGAAGGUCUUUGGAAUGCCUGUCAAAAUGAAAAAUGUGAUGGGCCUCUACAAUAUGCAGAUGAUGAUGCCCUCAAAUCCGUGCAAGCCUUCAUGAUCUUGGCCAUUAUCUUCUCUGUCAUUUCUCUCAUCGUUUUCAUAUUCCAACUGUUCACCAUGGAGAAAGGAAACCGAUUCUUCCUCUCAGGCGCCAUCAUGCUGGUUUGCUGGCUCUGCAUUCUGAUUGGAGUCUCCAUCUACACGGAUAAAUAUGGCACAGUGAACCGAAAUAACACCUCUAUAAGCCUUGAUCACCAUGGAUACUCCUUCAUUCUGGCCUGGAUCUGCUUCUGUUUUAGCUUCAUUAUUGGUGUCCUCUAUCUGGUCCUUAGAAAGAAAUAAGGCUGCUUGAAUUUUUCUGUGGGGUUUUGGGGAAGGGGCUGGGAGGGGAAAGCCGUUGAAACUAAGAGGGAAGCGGGAGUUGCUCUGCUAGAAGAACCAUAUAAAAGGUGGGGUGGGGGGGUGGAGUGGGUGGGAGGGGGAAGAACUAGACUCAUCACUCAGAUCAAUCACUAUCACCACACACCCUACCCUCCAGAGAAAGCAGGCUGUGAGGAGCCUCCUUGGAUACCACAGGCCAGAGAGCUUUCCACAAAGCACCAGGGUUAUUCAUUUUCAUGCUGUUCUAAGCUCUGUUGGACCUGUCAGAUAUCCUGCCGUUGACUCCCUAGCACGCUGGAGAAGCAGGGGAAGUUCUCACUCCCAAGGAGUCAAGAAAGCCCUCAGACCUUUCUCACUGAGUUAAAAUAGCGGUACAAGUUCCUGGCAAUCACCAUGGUGUUAUUUUUGUGCUGAAUGUGCUAAAUCUGGAAGCAACCCCUCCCUUCCGACCCAGAGGAAAAUAGGAAACCCUUGUUACUUACCAGGAUAAUCUCUGGUAGGAUUAGCCUGAGUCACCAGAAAAAUAAGCCAGAGUCAGUGCAGGGCUCUAACUUGAUACCUGGUACAGAGUGUUGAAUGAACGCUUGCUGGUAGAGACAGAGAUUCCCUUGGGAAGACAAAGUGAGAAGCAGGGCUCCUUAGGAAGUUAGAGAGAAUUGAUUGGAUUUCCCACUCAGAAGGGACCUCAAAAGUCCUCAAAUCCAUUCCCUACCCACAGAGCAGCUGAUCAAAAUGCACAUUCAACCCACAUGGAGACCUCUCACCACAGACAUUUGCUGGGCACCUUGUCUAAGUCCUAAGGCCCAUCUGGAAAGCUAUUAUAACUACAAAAUCUACAGUGAAUGCAAUAUGCAAACUAUGGGACCAAGGGAUUGUCUUGUAAAGAGCACCAACUCUUUUGAAUCAUGCUCCUAGGAUCUCUUUUUUGAUGCUGAACUCAAUUUUUUAAUUACCUACAUAGGAGCAGAUUUUUUUCCCCCCAAUUGGAUGGUGGAAGGGUGGUAAAUAGAACUGUUUAUAAUACUCUCCUUUCAAUUUCCCCCACAUUUAGGACAACAGAGAAAGUAUAGUCUAGUUAUUGGGGCAAGAAUCUGCCCGGCGGGGUUUUUUGACUCAGUUCUACCCCCGAUUCCUUCCAUGAUAUUAGGGUAUGUCCCUUCGUUUCUCUGAGACUCAGCUUCCCAUAUUUGGGGGAUCCGGGCUCAUAGAUCUCUUCCCAGCAUUGGAGGUUAUCUAGUCUGACCUUCUUGUUAUACAGGAAACUAAGGCUCACAGAACUAGGAUUCAUCAGAUGGUGAACAACAACCAGGAGUCUCCUUACAGUCAGGCUUCUUAACCAUUUUUGUGUGUCAUGAACUCCUUUUAUAGUCUGGUGAAGCCUAUGAAUCCUUGUUCAGAAUAAAUAAAUAAAUUUCAUUUAUUGGUUAGUGAAGAUAAAGAUUUAAUUUUUUUACCUGUCCAAAUUUACAGACUCUCUGAAAUUAAUUCAAAGACCUCUUGGAAGUUUGAGGUUAAGAAACUGUACCUUAGAAGACAGUGAAGCUUAGUUAUUAAGCAAACAAAUUCAAUCAAAGCUCAAUUAAACCAACAGAAAGGACCUUGGGUGAAAGGUGCUACUGAAUUAUAAAGUAUUAUUAUGUCAUAGCUCAGUUACGAGAACAGAUUGCUUGCUUCCUUGCUUCCUGCCAGAAAGCUGAACAUUCCCCCAAGACAAGUAAAAUUUUAGUUAAUAGGUAGAUGAGUUCUUUUGUAAAGUGACUCUUAUGGUACCUGAUCAGAUCAUAACUGAACUGCUCUGCUGCCAUAGGGGCAUUAACACACAGGAUUGAGUUACUCUGUUCCUGCUGGUCAACUAGCCAUUGCUUUCCUCAUCUGGCAGGCUGAGGGGAAAGUGAGGUUCUUAAAGGGACAGCUAGAGCAGCUAUUUAAAGCCAUCUCAGACCCUGGGUUUCUUUUCUUGAUGUUUCUCCUCUCCAUGUGAAGGAAACAGUCUUGAGGAGGAAUUUCAGACCUCUUGCCCUUCUAACUUAACCUCUACUCUCCCAAUAUCUCAUUAUUUUUUACUUAUUAUUUUUUUUCUGAAUUGUGUGGGAUUGUUCUGCCAUGAUUGCGGAUACUUAUGUAAAAGUAGUAUUACUAAGCAGUACUGGUGUAUAUUCUAGUUCUAUGUGUAUGCUGGGGGCAGGGCACCAGGUGGUGGCCAGGUUGGCUUGGAAAAUUGUGGGCUGAUCAAUGUUUUAAUGAACAAGAAAAGUUUGGGCAAGUAGUAAAGGCUUUUAUAACUUCCAAAACACUUAUGCCAUGAGUUAACCAAGGAGAUUUUUGUGUCACUUACAAAAGUCAGAAAAGACUUGGAGUGGACAUCAUAUUCCCCUCUUCUUUUUAUGUGACAUUUCCUUCUUAUGUAAUUUGUAUUGCAUUGGGGGGGCAUGUCCUAGUACUGUACUUGGCUUCUUUCAUGGAAUAAGAUAUUUCAUAUACAGUAAUUGUAAAUAUUUUGAUACAAAUGUUUAUAACUUUAAGGUUAAAAAAUAGAUUCUGAUUUCCUUCA